AAAACUAAAUGCAUCAAACUUCAAAUCACUAUCGAAAUCUCUGAAACUAUUGCUCUAAUCAAAUCAAAUCAAAAUGAGCCAGGAACAACCUAAGCGUCAUCCCAAUCAAGAACCAAUCAAAUACGGCGACGUUUUACCCGUUUCCGGUGACCUCGCACAGAAGCCCGUUGCACCGGAAGACGCCGCCAUGAUGCAGAGCGCCGAGACUCGUGUCUUGGGCCAGACCCAGCCCGGCGGAGUAGCAUCCGUCAUGCAAGCAGCAGCUACUAAGAAUGAGCAGGCAGGAAUCGUCGGCCAUCAAGAUGUCACAGAUGUCACCGGCGACCGUGGCGUCACCGUCACGGAAACUCAACUCCCAGGAAGACGCAUAGUAACCGAAUCAGUCGGUGGACAGGUUGUUGGACAAUUUGCUGAACCGACUCCGGUUCAAUGUGGCCCAACCAGUCCGGUUCGGGAAACUGCCUUAACCAUAGGGGAAGCACUGGAGGCGACAUCAUAUACAGUAGGCCACAAGCCAGUGGAACAAAGUGACGCUGCCGCAAUACAGGCAGCUGAGGCAAGGGCUACGGGAAGUAAUGUUAUAACACCGGGAGGGUUAGCUUCAAUGGCUCAAUCUGCAGCUGCUUUUAAUGCUGAUUGUCCUCGUGAAGAGGAGAAGAUUAAGCUGAGCGAUGUUCUGACAGGAGCUUCGGCAAAGUUGCCCGCAGACAAGGCGGCGACAAGGCAAGAUGCUGCUGGGGUGGCAGAUGCGGAGAUGAGAAAUAGUUCUGAUGCUAGUGCUACUCCUGGUGGUGUGGCUGCUUCUGUUGCUGCGGCUGCUAGGCUCAAUGAAAGUGUGACCAAUGUAAUGUGAUCAUGGUGAAUGGUUCUAGUGUUGUGAGAUGAUGGUGCGUAUAUUACUAUCUAGUUUGUUUUUCUUUUGUUUUAGUUAUUUCGUGAUGUAUGGUUUUCACUUAUGUUAAUUUCCAUGAAAGAUUACUAA